CAAGUUAUUCAUUGUCAUCGAGCCAUAAAAGACAUUUGCAGAAAUGAAUCUCAGUCCUCGACGCAACGCAAGUCCGUCCUUCUCUACAAUAUGGACAUUGAACCUGCCAUGGCCCGGUAGCACCUGGGAGGCAGAGGAAGAAGAGAAUCAGACCUGAACAAACAUCAUCGGAAAACCAAAAUGCGCACAGAUGAUCGAAGAGGACUCACCGUGCCAGCCGCGUAGCGCAGAGGGAACGAAGUGGCGCAAACAGUUUCGCUUUAAAUCGCAGGACAACGGGCCCAAACCUGCAGCCGGGAGAGAUCAAGAACUAUCGAGGACGAGGACACAACACCAUGGAGUCGGUGUGGGAUCCAGGUGGCGACCCACCGUGACGUCACCUGUUGAAGUCUCUGACCGUGUGACUGCCGGCAUCACACAGCCCCGUAACGUGUGUUUGAGAGAGAGAGACGUCGCGAUAAUCUGAGCCGGCGUAAACUGAUGAAGGAUGAUCGUCUCUGGUCGGCCAAUCACGCUUCUCCUGAUUCGCCUGUGGGGCUCAGUUACCUCCCUUUCCACCUGCACACCUGCUCCGCCGCUGUCGUCGCAAAUCUCACCCCCCUCGCCCUCCCCAUCCAAUCUCCCCCCUUCUCUCACCGUCCCGCCCUCGCGCCCUGCCCUCGUCGCCGCCAGCACCACCACCGGUGAGUCGGCAGAACGAGCCCGCUGCCCCAUGAGGAUGUCGCCCUCCGCCGUGGUCGUCAGGUUUGACGAUCCAGUCACAGCCAACUGCUCUGUGCCGGAGAAGGGCUUUUCUCUGCUCGGGUGGUCGGUCUCGCUGGCGGCUCCUGAGGCGACGAUGGAUCGUUUCCUGGUGUGGCGUGUGGACAGGAUGACUGACUGGAGCAUCGAGCCCAUGUGCUACGUGCUGUCUGAUCAGGGAGGACAGUGCCACAUGCACCUCCCUGUAAUCGUCUACAAGCCUCCAGACCACGUGGCCAUCAGCCUCCAGAGCCACGCGGGGCCCAUGUUCGAGGGUCAUCCCUACACUCUGCAGUGUGAAGUGCGGGACGUGGCCCCUGUGCGACGCCUCACCGUGACCUUCUACAAAGGGCAAACGUCGCUGUGUCAGCUGCGGUCCGACGACGCAGAGAGGACACCAGUGAACAAGAGCUUCGCGGUGGACAUUAUCCCCGCUAAGGAGGACGACGGAGUCCAGUACUGGUGUGAGGCCAAGCUGGACCUGGGACCUGAAGGGCCGCGGCCCCCUCCGGCGGCGACGUCCCAAAAACUCAACGCCACGGUCCUCUUCGGCCCACACCUCAUUUGUCCGACAAAGCUGCAGGUGAGGGAGGGAGAGAGUCUGGCCUGUGAGGUGAGAGGGAACCCCCGGCCGUCGGUCACCUGGUUCAGAGACGGGCAGGUGGUCGCCCUGCCCGCUAACUCCAGCAGAAGGCAUGCUGGGAAAUACACGGUCUGGACAAAAGGACACCUCGGACAGAAAAACUUCACGGUGGAGGUGGAGGUCCUUGCAGACAGCGGAACUGCAAACAGCUGUAAUGGAUAUUUCCUUUUGGCCGUUCUCUUGAUUCAGACGACUCGGUGGCUGUAAAAAAAAAAAGAAGAAAAAAAAGAGCGCAGCGUGAUCUGUGAUUUUCUUUCUUCCGUGCCAUUUGGAUGAACUGCUCCUGAAGUGAGAAAUGUUUGCGCGGGGGGGGGGGGGGGAAUCUGCGUCUCACCUCUUUCGUCCAAAUGGAUCUGUUUUGUAUUCAUGCAGUUUUUUUCUGCAUCUUCAUGUUUAACUUUUGAGGUUCUCUGCUUUGCAUGAGAGCUUCUGCCCAGGUACACUUUCCUCCUCUUAUACAGCUCUGUGUGAUGCACAACUGGUAAAUCUCAAAUCAUUCAAAAAAGAAAAAUUCAUGUUAUUUACUUUUGCAUCAUAUUGCCACAGUUCUGAGAGUGGUAUGCUUUUCAACUUGCAUUUCUAUUUUUAAAAAAAGCUGUUUAUGAACUGUCUGAGCAGUGUCCACACUUAACAUGACAAAGCACCAGGUCUUGAUUCACUGAGGUUGCAUUUCCGCUGUGCAUUAAAAUUAAAUAUCUUCACAUUA